AUGAUUGGGGAAAAGCCGUGGAACAGGGAUGAGAAUGGAAGGGUGUGCCAGGCCAGCAGCAGCGUUGAUGAAUUACUGGCCGUAAUGAUGCAUCAUUAUGUGGAACUAAUUGCGGGCCUGGCCCACAGUCAGUCAUUUGGCAUUGUCAAUUACCAUCGCCAGCGAAUAACGUCGCUGCUCCUGGCCGUCGUUCUAGCUGCUCGCUGUUUUGGUAGUGGCUCUUCUAGACGAACGCUCGCCAUGGCCUGCGAGGAGGCGAUGGAAUCGACGCCGGGGCUCAAAAACAAUAGAUUUAGCUAUAGAAGCGCCAUGGACAACAACUACGACGAUUACAACUACAAGUGGGUGCACGGGGAUGUGGACGUUGAUGGCAUUGCAGAUAGCAACGAGGACGACAACAAUGACAACUAUAACUACAACAAGGCAUCGGCCAAAUGGCAGCAGCAACAGCAGCAAAAACUCUACGGAAAUCCCAUCCACAGCAUAUACGACAGGCAGCAACAUCUACAACGGCAGCAGCAGCAACAUGAGCAACAGCAACAGCACCAACGGCAACAGCACCAACGGCAACAGCAACUCGAACAACAGCAACAGGGCAUGGGAAUGGCACUGGGAAUGGGACUGGGGCAGUUUGAUGAUGAUCCAGAGAAUGCUCGCAACGACUUCCGUCUGCAAUUGUCCGACUUAAAUGCGGCCGUUCAAGGUAUGGGCAGGUUUGCUGUUCCCCAGAACCAGGACAAAGACCGGGACAACAGCAACAUCAAGGACAGCAGCAACAUCAACUGGCUGCAGCCAGCGGAGGAGAUGGAGCCCUUGUUGCUGGCGCGUCGCAGCCGCAGCAGCAACAUCAACCAAAGGUCAGCCAUGGAUGAAGCCGGAGCAGGAGCAGGAGCAGGGGAACCAGGUCAGCCAGAGUUCACCAACAAUGAGUUACCAUCUGGCGGUCUAGAUGAUGUGGACAUUGAGGGUGAGGAGGAUUACGCCGGACAGGAGGAGGACGCAGACGAACUGAGUUCCCAACUGCCCUACGGGAUCCAGAAUGUGCGCAAGCGCCGCGUUCGCAGUGUGAUGCCACCGGAGCCUUUUUUGGGUCCCAAUCCCAGCUCAGAUGGUGUGGUCACUUAUCAGUCGUUGUGUCCCACAAAUCGGGUGACCGUGAAGCUGGAAAGUGGCGAUUACCGUCCCAAUCACUAUGUGGAGGUUACCUGUGCCCACAGCUACUCACCCCAGCCCUCGAGGAACUACAACUACGAAUAUGGUUACAGGGGCAAUGAACUGCUCCGAGCUCUGCUCUCCGAGCGAAGCGAGAAACGAGAGAUCUGCUCGGCGACGGGCUUCUCGUGCAUCCAGCUCAACCGCACCAUCCACCUGAUUCGACUGAACGACGCCUCCGGCUGCUGGGAAUCGGAGACGCGGACGGUGCCCUCUGGUUGUGAGUGCAUGUGGCCGAAGCACAGCUACGGCGACAUAGCCUUCUAUCAUCAGGCGCAGAAGAGACGGGGAGGCGUGACCGGUCUGCGACCCCAAGCCCCCAUCAAUGUAGAUUACAAGCCUGGAGUGGGCUACCGCCAGCUGACCCUGAGGACAAGGAAUCCCAAACCAGCUCCCCGCAGUCGACGCGAGGAUAUGGGCUAUGAGAGCUACGAUUUUAACUAG